CGGUUAACCGGUGAACCCUUCAAACUUUCAAAAGGGUUUAUACACACACAGACACCGCCGUACACACUAUAUAAAACACGUUCUUGUGUAGCAUCAAAAACACAACCAACAACGAAGUUGGGUCCCAUUAGCAUUUUCAGUUCACUAUUUCUCUCUCUCAAACACCGCUCAAUCUCAUCACUCACAAACAAUGCCAUUAAACGCAGAAGAACCUUGCCGUUUUACUCUGACACAGCGAAAAUAGCAAAACGACGAAUCAAAACGCGUCUUCUAAAUAGAAAGAGAAAGAAUCAACAACUCUACCCGUACCACAGACUCAUCCACUCUCACUCACUCAUGAAUUUCUUUGCUUUUUCAAUUUCAUCAUGAAAAUUUGGAUCUAAUUCCUAUUCUUCAAUUUCUUAACUAUACAAAACGCAAUCUCAAUUCAAAUUCAAAUUCAAAUUCAGUUACUCGCUGAAACUGAAACUGAAUCAUUAUGGGAAAAUCAACGAGCAACAGCAAGGAAUGGACGCAGAUGAACACGAUCUAUGGAAUGGAGCAAUGGCAAACCCUAAUUUUCCUCUUAUGUCAAGCAAUUUUAUUCUCCGUAUUAUCCGUUCUCUAUUUAGUGUACUUUGAUUCAAUUUGCGUUUUCUUCGAGCGAAUAAUCUCCAACGCCGCCGUCGCGAGAUUCGCUUCCGGAUUUACCGGCUCCGUAACGGCGCUCUCCGCUUUGUGUCUAUUCUUCGCGGCGGCGAAUUUCUUUUACUCCGCCGUUCCGCUUCACUACGACAUGGCUCAGCGGAUCGUCUCCGCCGUAAACGACUGGUCCUCAGUGAAACUAGCUCUUGAUUUAGGUUGCUGCGGCCGAGGAAUCCUCCUCAACGCCGUCGCGACGCAGCUGAAGAAGGAAGGGAGUUCCGGCCGUGUCGUCGGACUCGACCGGUCGAAACGAACUACGCUUUCGACGCUUCGGUCGGCGAAAAUGGAAGGCGUCGGUGAAUACGUGACGUGUCGUGAGGGAGACGCGCGACGGUUACCGUUUCCUGAUAACUACUUCGACGUAGUAGUUUCUGGCGUGUUUGUUCAUACCGUUGGAAAAGAGUACGGACAGAGGACUGCGGAGGCGGCUGCGGAGAGGAUGAGAGCGGUAGCGGAGAUGGUUAGAGUGAUGAAACCUGGUGGCGUAGGUGUUGUGUGGGACCUAGUGCACGUGCCGGAGUACGUGCUACGGUUGCAGGAAUUGAAAAUGGAAGAUGUAAGAGUUUCUGAACGUGUAACCGCUUUCAUGGUUAGUAGUCACAUUGUAUCGUUCAGGAAACCAAGUCAGCACGUGCAUGGACCCGCUGAAGUUCGCUUGGAUUGGAGAUUAUGCUGAUGUGGAAUUAAAUUAUCUUACUUAUUACCGACACAGAAAAUAUAAAUAUUGUUAUUAUUAUAAUGUUUUUUAUAGUAUAUUAUGAAUAUCAAAGGGUAAAGAUAUAUAUACAAUAUAUAUAUGGCUGGGGAGGCGAAGUCGAACCAGAUGUUUAGAAUGAUCUUAUUUUUGUUUAUGUGCUGAUGAUUUUACAUUAAAGCAAUGAAAUUAUGAAGUACAUUACUAUUAUAUAUAUGCUACUUGCUUUUAUUUUUGAAUUUUAUGUUUCAAUUUCAAUGAAAUUGAUGCAUGUGUGAGUAUGUAAAAUUAGUAUUGGGAAUGCUUUAAAAUUGCGAUUACAAAUUUGAUUUUGGA